CCUGGAAAUGCUGACGCUUCGUGGUUUCUCUUAUUUCUUAUCUUCGUUUCCUUUCCUCGGUUUUCUCGCAUUCUUCAGUCGAUCUUUGCAGAUAUAAGCACAAGUUUCACUUUCAGAGCUGUGCACAUCUUCUUCCUGCCUGAAGUUUGAGUUUUUAAAGUAGAUAUGGCGGCUGAGCUCGUCAAUUCAGCAACAAGCGAUAAACUUACAGAAAUGGAUUGGAUGAAGAACAUUGAAAUCUGCGAACUAGUCGCAUGUGAUCAAGGGAAAGCCAAAGAUGCCAUUAAAGCUAUUAAGAAACGAUUGGGGAAUAAAAACGCAAGUAUUCAGCUUUUUGCUGUACUGUUAUUGGAGAUGUUAAUGAAUAAUUGUGGAGAACAUAUUCACAGGCAGGUGAUAAGUAAUGGACUUCUUCCGAUAAUGGUGAAGAUAGUGAAGAAGAAGUCAGGUCUUCCUGUACGAGAGAAGAUAUUUCUACUUUUAGAUGCGAUGCAGACAUCCCUUGGUGGUGCUUCUGGAAAGUUUCCUCAAUAUUAUGCUGCAUAUUAUGAUUUGGUGAGUGCUGGUGUACAGUUUCCUCAAAGGUCUCCUGCUGUUGCUUCAGGUCAUUCUGUGCUGGAGGACACCAAAAGGAGUUUACGUGGAGCUGGAGAGAAAUCUGUCCCUCCAAAAUCCGAAAGGGAUGUUCAGCCAGAAAAUCCUCAGAUUGUGCCUGAAUCUAGCAUUAUUCAGAAGGCCAGUGUUGCCCUGGAGGUUUUGCGAGAAGUAUUGGAUGCAAUUGACAUGCAACAUCCUGAGGGAGCAAAAGAUGAAUUCACUCUGGAUCUUGUGGAGCAAUGUUCAUUUCAAAAACAACGAGUAAUGCAUCUUGUGAUGACAUCUCGGGAUGAAAGGGUAAUUUCUCAAGCAAUUGAAUUAAAUGAGAAUCUGCACAAGGUACUUGCCAGACAUGAUGUUCUUCUAUCAGUCAAGGCUGCCUCCACUGCUAUUCAUUGUGACCAUGAAGAAUUGGAGGAAGAGGAGGCUGAAAGGCUUUUCCGAAGAAUCCAAAAGGGGAAAGCAUGUGCAAAGGACGAAGAGGAAGAUCACUUGGAUCGACCACCGAGUCUACUUGGAUCUAUUCAUGCAGAAAGGCUGCACCGUCCACUUAUACGACCGUUAAAUGUAGAACCACAAGUAUCCAAUAUUUCACCUGCGGUUGUCAUUCCUCCCCCACCGGCCAAACAUGUUGAGAGGGAGAGAUUCUUUCAGGAGAAAAGGGUGGAUGGUUCAGCAUUAGCAGGUCACAUGAGGGGUCUCUCAUUCCAUAGUCGCAAUCCUAGCAGUUCAAACAGUGGAAGUAUUGAUUACAGUGACUGAAGCCUGCUUGCAUUUGUCUUUCUUGAAUGGCUGUUAGGAUUGGUAUGUGGAACAGUCAAGGUUGUACUCUGUGUGAGGCCUGCCUUAAUGACCUUGCAGGUGGGGUUGUUUCUCAAAGUUGAUGUUCUCAAAUUCUUCUGCUCUGCUCAUUUGGUGCAUUGUUUUGCUCAUGUGUUACACCAGAGAUUGCUCGGAGUCUAGUGUUGCUGGGUAUUUUUA